AUGAAGGGAGAGAGGCUCAGCUCCCCCCUCCGCCUCCGCCGCCUCCCUCCGCGGCCCAUCUCCGCAGCCUCCGCCGACGCCGCCGCUAACGCCGACGCAGACCACCGCCUCGUCGUCUCCGGCGGCGGCCGCCUCGCCGGCCACGUCGGCGUCAGCGGCUCCAAGAACGCCGCCCUCGCCGUCCUCGCCGGCGCCCUCUGCUGCUCCUCCGGCGCCUUCGCGCUCCGCGGGGUCCCCGACCUCUCCGACACCCGCACCAUGGCCGCGGUGCUCCGCUCCCUCGGGGCGCGCGUGGAGGAGCACGGCGGCGGGGAGGUCGUCGUCGACGCGGGCGCCGUGACCUCGGUGGAGCCCGAUUCGGAAGCGAUUGGGAGGAUCCGCGCCGGGUUCUUCGUGCUGGGACCGCUCGUGGCGCGCUUCGGCGAGGCGGAGGUGGCGCUCCCGGGCGGGUGCAGGAUCGGGGCGCGGCCGAUCGAUCUUUACCUCCGCGGCCUCGCCGCGCUCGGCGCCGUCGUCCAAUUGAGGCAUGGGAAAGUUCGUGUCGAGGCAGCGAAUGGGAAAGGACUUGUCGGAGGUCAAUUUCAUCUUGAUUAUCCUAGCGUCGGAGCAACCGAAACUCUAAUGACGGCAGCUUCUUUGGCUGAUGGAGUGACUAUACUCUCUAACGUAGCUCGAGAGCCUGAAGUUGCUGACCUUGCUAAGUUUCUUGUUACCUGUGGCGCACAAAUUGAAGGGGCUGGGACAAGCACACUUGUUAUUAAUGGUAAAAAGCGUUUACAUGGCGCUGAAUUCACUAUAAUCCCUGAUAGGAUAGAAGCUGGUACAUUAAUGGUAGCUGCAGCAAUUACACGCUCUUGUAUUUCAUUGUCUCCUGUGAUCCCUGGUCAUUUAACUAGUAUUAUGGACAAGCUUUCUGCUGCUGGUUGCAAGAUUAUUCAGAAGGGACGUCAUAUUCUUGAGGUAUCUGCUCUGAGUUCGCCAAAUAAUGGAGACCUUCAAGGGUUUUAUCUGAAAACGCUUCCGUAUCCUGGGUUCCCUACCGAUCUCCAGCCUCAGUUCAUGGCGUUACUAACAACGUGUAGUGGGUUAAGUGUCGUGGAAGAAUCUGUCUUUGAGAAUCGUAUGCAUCACGUGAAAGAGCUUCAGAAACUCGGCGCCAGAAUCAGACUCUCCGGAAGUUCGGCAUUUAUCCAAGGAAAAAGGCACAGAAGCGCUGCGCUUUCUGGCUGCCCAGUUGAGGCCGCCGAUUUGAGAGGCGGGGCGGCCCUCGUUCUAGCAGGAAUGGCGGUGGAAGGGGUGACCGAGAUCAGCGGCGUGUCUCAUAUCGAUAGAGGCUAUGAAAAUUUCGAAGCCAAGCUUCUUUCUCUGGGAGCAAAUAUAGAGAGAAAGGUAGAGCACCAGCAGCAGCUCAUGACAGGAAUUGCUUGAUUUUGCACCAAUCACUUACUUGUGAUGGCCCCAAGUCUCUUUGACCUUCAUCCUGUGCUCUUUUUCUUCUUUUUCUUUUAUUCUGUUUUUUUUGGGGGGGUGAAUAUGACCCGAGCCAAGCAAAUAAGUAAGAUUCUUUUCAUAUUGGUUUAGUGGUUUCUUUUACCGUAGAAUUUCGUAUCUCAGGUGCUAUGUUGUUGUAUUUAAGCAUAGAAAAACAUUUAUUCGUGUACCCUCGUGUGUUUCAGCGUAGAAAAGAAAAACAAAAAAAAAAAAA